UGAUUUGAUUGGCUGUGAAGGCGGAACUUCCGGCAGCACAGGUUGGACACGGAGUGGAAGGCUUCAGCUCCCUAAAAUCGAAAGAAAGUCCCGAAGAACAUCGAGUUACGCCCUGUCAAAUAAAUGUGAUGAUUCUCACAAAUGGAAGACAUCAACUUACGUUAUCGCUUUUUGAACUGGAGAAGGCGAAUACGAGAAAUUCGUGACGUGCGAGCAGUGCGAUACAGGGAGCGCCUGAAAAGGAUGCUGAGGGAUGGGGACGUGCUCAGGUACCACGGGAACUCGGAUGAAGUUGGCUGUUUUGUGGCGGCUAAGCCGUUGUCGAGGAGAAGUCGCUAUUUUGAAGUGACCAUCAUCGAUACAGGCGUGAGGGGAAUGAUUGCUGUGGGUUUAGUGCCUCAGCUCUACAAGCUAGACCAUCAGCCGGGCUGGCUCCCAAAUUCUGUGGCUUUGCAUGCAGAUGAUGGCAAGCUGUAUAACGGCAACACAGUUGGACAACAGUUUGCCCCCAAAUGCAGCAGAGGGGACAGAAUCGGCUGUGGGAUAUCCUUAGAAAGUGAUGGCGGACAGCUGACUGUGUUUUUCACCAAGAAUGGUAAAGAAGUGGGCAGCGUGGACGUGGCAGCGUCUGAAGCUCUCUACCCUGCAGUGGGAAUGCACUCGCUGGGGGAGGAAGUGCUGCUGGACCUGCAUGCUGAAUGGGCCAUGGAGGAGGAGGACGGACUGAUGAUAGUGGACAGCCAUGAAGAUGACUGGGGCCGCCUCCAUGACAUUAGAGUGUCUGGCACGCUGCUGGAGUAUGUGGGGAAAGGAAAGCGCAUUGUGGACGUGGGCUUGGCUCAGGCGCUCCGUCCGCUCGACACGCGCUUCCACUACUACGAGCUGGAGAUCGCCGACGCCGGGGAGAAGUGCUACAUUGCCCUGGGCCUGGCACGCAAGGAUUAUCCCAAAAAUCGACAUCCAGGUUGGAGCAGAGGGUCCAUCGCUUAUCAUGCUGACGAUGGCAAGCUGUUCCAGGGCAGCGGCGUCGGGGACGCCUUUGGACCACGAUGCUUUGCGGGCGACAUCAUGGGCUGCGGGAUCAUGUUUCCACGUGACUAUAGCCACCAGGGCGGAGAUGACGACGGCUGGGAUCUGGAGGUGUUUCCGCAUCCCAGUGACGUUCAGAACGACUUGUACGCCAGCAACGAUGACGAUGACGACGAAGAUGAAGGUGAAGACUUGGAGGGAACCAAAGUCACGGUGUUCUUCACCCGGAAUGGAAAGGUGGUGGGCCGCAGGGAGGUGGCCUUACCUGCGGGAGGUUUCUACCCCACCAUCGGCAUGAUGAGCACCGGGGAGAAGGUGAGAGUGGACCUGCACCCUCUUAGUGGAUGAAGAAUCCAGGCAAACAUUACCUCCUCAUGAACAGGCUGCUGUUUGUGCCUCCAAAAAUCCUAACGUGGUCUUUUUGUACAUGAAAAAAGCAGAGCAAAGCAGGUUUAUUCAUGUUGUGAGAAAUGCUGACACCUAGCGGUCGGACUGCGGUAGUGCAGUCAUGGUGGAAUUUAGAUGCCGUUUCCUGUCAUUAGGACUCUUGGAAGGUUCCUUCAAAAUAAUUGUCACCAAUUUGGAAGUAUUAAAUUAAAAAAAAAAGUUGUCAGCAGCCUGUUCUAAAUCAAAAAGGGAAUACAUGAAAUUAUUUUAAUUGGAACUCAUUGAUGACCAAAAAAAACAAUUUUUUUCAAAAGUUUUGGAGUUCUUGACAAUGAAGCCAUAACUAACUUUUGCUGCUCUCAGGAAUAUUUACAUGUCCAAAAUGAUUUAUUUAUUCAAGACACACAUGUCCUUUGCUUUUUUUUGUCUUGAAUCAAAAUUUUGGUGCUUAAUUAAUAGUUAAAUAUUAGUUCUGGAAUAUUGUUUAAUUUUACGUUUCAAGCCUCAAUUCUCUUCCUCUGCAGGCACAGAAAGGCAACUCUGGGUUUCUAUGACGCCCCACAGUACAAAAACAUGCUAGCGUCACUAAACACCGUCAUCACUAUGCUGGGGUAGGCUCCAGCAUGUGUAGGAUACGGCAAAGGCUGUUUUUGACAGCAGUCUGUUGCUUAUUGGCCGUGGCGGGGUACACCCUGGACUGGUGGCCAGCCAAUCACAGGGCACAUAUAGACAAACAACCAUUCACACUCACAUUCAUACCUAUGGACAAUUUGGAGUCGCUAAUUAACCUAGCAUGUUUUUGGAAUGUGGGAGGAAACCAGAGUGCCCAGAGAAAAUCGCAAUCAAUCAUUUGAGUUUCUGAAUAGAUAUGACGCUAAGUUGUCCUGUUGCUUUGAACACAACGCUAAGAUGUUUUGUUAACAGUUGAGCAUAUAUUGACCGACAUUGGACUUUGUAUCUUUAGUGCACAAAAAUGUAACCAUUGAAUGUAUGUGGGAUUACCAGCUUUAGCUUUGGCCAUUGAAGGCUGCUUUUCACAACAAUACUUUAACUGUACAACGCCAAUCAUUGACCAAAGUGCCUGCGUGAACAUGUACUGUCCUCACAUGUGUGUACUGUAAUGUGUUUAUCACAAUGCUGUAUAAAAGUUGUCUUUAGUGUCCUUCUGCACUUUCAUGUGUCAUGGCUUUAAAAUCCAUUGC